AGAAACCAAAGGACAAUCAUGCUUCAACUCUGGCAGCGGUUGAGCGCCCCCUCACUAGCCACCCAGAAUCUCCGAUUAUGUAGCUCCUCUCAGCGAAAAAUAUCCGGCAUGGGGCGCAAUCCCAGCGCCAUUUCGCGGCAUCCGGUGCCUGAGAGCUUAACCACAGGGACAGAUUCGAAAGAGUGGACCCCACGAUACGAUCCUUAUUCAUACACCGGUGGAAGAUGGCUUAAUCGGGAUGAGCUCCAACGAAACUCUCGCCAUAUACCGUUUGACUUCUCUGCACUUUGUAGCAGAGCUAUCUCUCUGUGCCCAGGAGCAACCAAUAUUGUCAAAAAUGAAAAGAGAGAAGGGGGAUUUAACAGAGUCUUCCUAUUUACAAUGGACAAUGGUUCUUGUGUUGUGGCAAGGUUACCAACCAGUAUUGUCGGCCCACCGAGGUUAACAACCAACUCUGAAGUUGCAACAAUGACGUAUUUACAAUCCAAAGACUUGCUUCCAAUACCAAAAAUCCUUGACUGGAAUGAUGAUCCGUUGAAUCCAAUUGGCACAGAAUAUAUCAUCCAGGAGCAUGUACUCGGUAUUCAGCUGCACCAAAUGUGGCCGACAAUGAAUUCCGUACAACAUAUGCUGUGCACCAAGGCACUCUCAUUGGCAAUGAAGAAGAUGUCGUCUUUGGACUUCCCGACCUAUGGCAGCCUUUACUUCUCCGAUGCGCCACUAGACUCGCACAUGAAAAUCCCCUUUGAGGAGGGCUUUUGUAUUGGACCACAUUGCAGUCCGGUUUUCUGGAACCGGAAUCCAGGGGAACUUGAGCUCUACGGCGAUCCCAGUCCCAAUUGCGGUCCUUGGAAAGACCUCACAAGCUAUUAUCUAGGCUUAAUAGAGACCGGUUUUUCUCGAUUGCCAAAAGAAGAGGACACCAUCAAGCGCGAGCUUAUCCCUCAUCAAGGAUCCAUUCAAGAUCACAUCCGUCUGCUGCAAAUAAGUCAAGAAGUGAUGCAGAGAUUGGUCAAAGAUAAGCGCAUUCAGGACGCUGCUAUACCGGUGCUGCUUCACCCGGAUUUUCACAAAAGGAAUAUCUACGUCUCGGCCGAGGAUCCGACCAUCAUCACUGGCCUGAUUGAUUGGCAAUCAACGAGCAUCGAGCCUGCAUUUGUUUAUGCCAAUGAGACUCCCGAUUUCGCUGCAUUGCCCGAGGAGCUCGAGGAGCUCGAGGAGCACGAGGAAGACACUCUCAAAGACGAACAAGACGAACGGAAGGUUCCUGGCGACAAGAAACGAGAAUGGAAAGAUGCAUUGAUCUGCUAUCAGACCUACGAUGUGUGCAUGAAAGGGCUUGCUCCUAAAUUACGUCCCGCAAGACUACUUGAUCCGACUUUGUUUCGUCUCUUCCAUUACUGUCACACGACAUGGAGAGACAGUGCUGCAGCUGUUCGCCAGGAGUUAAUCGAGCUUUCAGCUGGGUGGACGGAACUCGGACUGCAGGGUUCGUGCCCGUUUUCUCCGACUGAAGAGGAAUUAAAAGAGCACGCUCGAGAUUAUGAAGACUUUGAGACUGUCCAAAAACUUAAAUUAUGGCUCAAAAGCUCUCUCAAUACGAAUUCGGAUGGGUGGGUCCCGAACGAGAUAUGGGACGCUGCGAGAGUUGCUCAUCGCGCAGCGUAUGAUGAAUGGAUACAGACGGCCAGAGAAUCGGAGUCUUGCGGCGAAGAUCUGACCGUAGCGAAAGCGGACAAGUUGUGGCCAUUUGAUGCGAGAUGACAAGAGAACUCCAAAUGUCUGCCGGGCAUACUAUACUACGGUAUUGUAAUGAUUAACGGAAUCCGUCCCGCGCCAGAGAAGCACGCGGAAAGGCACAAGUGUAUCCCUGUAAUGAUUUCCAUCCU